GUGCCACACAGCACAGUGACACACACACAUACACACACACACCAUGCAGGCAGCUCGACCCGGACCAGCAGCAGCAACAGAGAUGUAAAAAAGAUGGAUUAGAGAAUUAUGUGCCUCGGCUCAUCAUCAUCAACAUGUUCCCGGGAGUUUUCUAUGCACUGCUGGCGGGUUUCCUCGGGGCCGUGGCGUCGUCGUCGGCCAAACUGUCCCUCGGAGCCGACUACCUGAAAGGAGUGUGUGAAACCGGACUCCGGACGUGGGGAGAGCAGCGGAAAUUUAGACAAGCGGACGAAACUACCGCCUGCGACCGGCUCCAUAUCCCUCUGAGGCUGCUGUGCGGCGGGCUGCUUUUCACCUGCAAUGCUGUGAUGUGGACCUUCCUUGCCAAAGCACUCAGGUACUCUUCUUCCUCCACCCGAACCACUGUGACCACCACCGCCUCCAACUUCAUAUCUUCCGCUUUCCUGGGCCAGCUGAUCUUUGGUGAAGCCCAGAUAACAUUGUGGUGGGUUGGGGUCUCCCUGACGUUCUCUGGCCUGUUGGUACUGCAGAGGGUUUCACCGCAGGAUGGGCAACAUGACGCAGGCGCCAAGGAUGAAUAAUAAGUCUUGUCUCCACUAGUGUUCAGCCUGGCUCAGCUGGCUGUGGUAUGAGGUGUGUUCAUGGUCUGCAUUUCCACUGAUUUUAAGAUCUAGCCAAGAAAAAAUUGAUGUUAAUCUUCCCCCAAUCACUAGUUUUACUAAACAAAUGGUCUCCUGAUUAAUGAAAUGGCACUCAAAAUGAAUCCUCCCUGAUGAGGAGGAAAAGCUUGAUUUGUAAUGUUGCUGUUUAUUCUUCAGGUAGGCUGAGAAACACCGCUGCCUCAGCUGUGGCGCAGCAUUGUUUAGGCCUGUUCUAAAAAUCACAGGAGAUGUUGGCCUUCAGCCAGUCUGACCAUGGCGCAGCUACAAUCUGACUAGUGGAGACAAGCUAAUGGAUGCCUGCAGCCAGCUUCCCAGAAGCUCUAAAAUCAUCUUUGUCCACAGGCUUAAAAUGAAGCAAAAAUGAUACUAGCUUUACUUUUCUUUUGGGGAAUCUUUCAGUCAACAGCAGCACAAAAGGAGGGGAAGAGGCUGAAAGGAAUAGUUUGACAUUUUGGGAAAAAUACUUAUUUCCUGCUGAGAGUUAGAUGAGAGGACUGAUACCACUGUCAUGUCUGUGAAAUGAAUGUGAAGCACAUGCUAGCGGCUAAUUAGCUUAGCAUAACAAGUGGAUGAAACAGCUAGCCUUUCUCUGUUUGAAGGUAACAAAAUCUGUCUACCAGCAUCUCUAAGGGCACGGUCACAAAAUUAACAUUGGCAAAUAUUCACCUUCCGUUCACUUCAUUCACUGCGAGCUAAGGGGCAAAUGAAACAUUUGCUUCCGGUGGCAAAGUAAAUUUGCAUCUGGGCAUCAGGUGGCGUUCAACAGAGUUUAACUUUACUGAACUUUGACUGGGGAAGUUGCAGCCUCCACCAAUAGCAAUGAAGUACGUGUAGAGAAAAUAUUGAUUUGAUUGUUCUAACAAGUAGAUAUUAUAUGAUACUGGCCAACCUCUAGCUCACCAGGUAGAGUGUGCGCCCCAGGAGGCUUCGACCUUUGUAGCCGCCCGCGUUCAGUUCCGACCGGCCCUUUGCAUGACAUCCAAGACAACAACAAAAAAUGCCCCACAUGAGAGUCGGGAGACCAAUUAACACCACAAUAGCCAAUCAGCACUGAGCUCCUCCGGGGACGUAUGACUCUGAGGACGCACUGGCAGAAGUUCAUUCAUCGAUCCAGCGAUUUCACACAUGUAUGAUGGGAGUUAUUUGCGCGUACUGAACAAGUCAACACAAAGUGUUCUAGCGUUAAAACAUACGAGUAAUGUGAUGCGAAAAUUUGCAUCACGUUUGGUGUGACCACAACAUAACCCCUCCCCUACCCGCCUCUCUUUUUUAAUCUAUCACUUCAUAACUAGCUAAAUGCUAACUUAGCAUUUUCUUCAGGGCUUCCACCGCCGGGCCGAUCGCAUAGGUACAGUGGGUGAGACACGGAGCUCUAGGGUGGGUCACAAUAUUCUCAAAUAUUGCCUCAGCAAUCAAAUUUACACAAAAAGCUGAUUUAUACGUUAUGUCUUGUUUGUUUAAUUUUAGCACAAAUAGUGUUUUUUUUAUACACGUUGAUUUUGGUGCAUAUUAAACAAAUGAGAGGCAGAUUUUGUUACCUUUGGACAGAGGAAGGUUAGUGGUUUCCAGUCUUUAUGCUUAACUAAGCUAACAUCUCUUGGCUGCAGCUUCAUAUUUAAUGUACAGAUGUUAGAGUGGUAUCAAUCUUUUCAUCUAACUCUCACCAAGAAAGGUAUUAAGUGCAUUUCCCGAAAUGAACUGAACUGAACUGCUUCUUUAAAGGGAGAGACAGAUAUAGUAAUACAAUACAAUUUGAGAACCUGUGUGCACACUAACAGACUAAUCUGGAGUCUUUUGGGCCGUGCUCAUGAGCAAUGGACAAAUAGCAUCACUGGCUAUGUGCGUGAUGUCACUGUACAUCAGCCUGUGCAUUAUAUAUCGCAGCCGUCAGAUCACCAAAGCUUUUUUAACUCUCACAUUUCCUUAAGUUACUCUGACACUCACUGUAAACAUCCUACACUGAUGCAUUUUAUGCUGCAUGCUUGAGGGGAAGUUUUAAAUGAAGCACUUAACUGAUGAGGCAAACUCAUUUUUUCACGAGUAAUAAUACUAAUGUAGCGCUGAAAGGCUCCACCCUGGGUCUUUCUUUUACUUUUCAUUUGCCUUUCUUGACAGCUUGAACCUCAAGAUAUGACAGGUUUUAAUUCAGAGGCAGCUGCUCUUCCAUAUCGUGACAGAUGUGUGCAUGUUCCUACCGAGGCUUGAACUCAAAUAUCUCACACCAAAGCAUCCUGGAGUGUCAGUCCACAACAGAGUGACGUCCCUGUGAGCUGCUUCAUGUUAUUUAUCUCACAAUCCUGUUACUUCAGUGUCCAAACUGUCUCUCCAGUGUAAGAGAAACCACACAGCCUCAUGGUUGCUUGUUGAGCUUUAUGCACCCCGUUCUUGCAAUCUCAUAUUAGCCUCUCCAUCACCCAUCAUCCCUCUGGGUUUCAAAGACACCUUGCUUCAUUAAAAGCUUCCCUCUAUAUCCCUGGAGUCGUCAGAGUGCAAUAACAUUAAACUUCCUUUAAAUCUCAUAACACUGUGAUGUGUGUAACAGCGAGGGAGUUUUAAGCAUUAAUAAUUGAGCAUAGAAAAUGGCAAUACAUGCUGCUAGAGGGACGUUUCUGUUAGCAUAAAUCAGCUAAGUGCGUAUACUACUAGUAUACAGGGGUUUGACAUGAAAGGUUGCUCUACUUAAUGGUAUUUUAAGAUCACAUUUUGCUGUUGUUUGGAUACAUAUCAUGAUAUAAAUGCAUAACGGUAGCUAUAAUAUCUGUCUGUAAUAUUCCACAGCAGCAACGCACAAAUAUAUGAGAUGUCCUUCCAGCCGCUGCUGUGCAGGUUUUGUAUCAUGUGAUUUACAUGCAUCCCUAUCAAUGUGACUGCAGUGACAAUGUGAUUAUACAGCUCUCAUGUUAAAGGCUGGCUGAGUGAUGUUUCAUAGCAGGGCUGCAAUCACCGCGCGGGAUUCUUUAGCUGUGGAGAUCACUCACAGACACGCAGAAUUUAGCUGUUAGUGCCUCCACGUUUUGGCAUCCUGGGUGUGUUGCAUUAUCUAAAAUAAUAGUUUAACAUUUUGGGAAGUUGUGCUUAUUCACCUUCUUGCAGAGAGUUAGAUAAGAAGUUUGAUACCUCUCUUACAUUUGUCUGAUAAUAUGAAGCUGGAGCCAGCAGCCAGUAAGCUUAGCUUAGCAUAAAGACUGGAAAGCUAGCCUGGCUCUAUCCAAAGGUAAUAAAAUACACCUAUCAGCACCUGUAAAGCUCCCAAAUUAACACGUUAUAUCUAAGUUGUUUAAUCUGUGUAAAAACUGAAGGGUAAAAACAACAAUCUGUGAUUUUACAGAGGGUUAUGUGUAGUAUUAUAUCUUCCUGGAGUCUUGUCACCACUGUUAGGUUGCCAGGCAACCAGCGGGCUAGCAAACAUUUUCGUGAUCUUUAGGCCCUGCCCACCAAAGCGUUUUUUUCACAGCUGGAAACGCCAGGCGCUCCUCAGGAAACGCUCAGCUGGGAGCGUUUGAGAGUGCUUUGGAGGCAUAGCGUUUUUUUAGCUGAGAUUUUUUUGAUUGCGUCUGAUUGGUUUAGAUAUGAAUAUCUGCAGAAGUGAAAACUUCGGCACGAGGUAGAAUACUUGCUCUGUAUGAAGCAAGGGCUGAAGCAUGUAGGGAGAGAAGAAAGACCCGCCUAGCUUUUCACUCUGUUUGGAGUCUUUAUGUUAAGCUAAGCUAAGCUAAGCUAAGCUAACCAGUCUAGCCCAGUUCAGAAUAAUUAUUUGCAACAAGAUGAAGCCGUUUAAGAACAUUGCAGAGAAAAGUUGCAACAGUGUGAACUAGCAAGUCUGAGCUCGACUCAGGCCAGCUGAUGGUGUCACCUGCAACUCAGCUGGUUUUAGAACUUAAAGCACGUCACCUGUUUUAACAGCUAAUCAGCUUGUAGUGAAGUCCACUGGUCAAGUCAAAAGACCGCAGACAAUAUGUUUGCUUUCUGCGGCAGGUGCUCCGUCUCCGUUGAGCCCUCUGUUCCCGUCCUCACGGUGUGCCGAUAUCGGACGGUGGGUCACUGUUUCAUCACUACUACAAAUGUAACUGUAGCCAGUAUCUCACUAUCACUACCCUCAUUCAUGUUUUAAGAAGCUACAAGUUAUAUUCAGCCUCAAAAUGAGCCUGAAAAGCUGCAAAUCAGAACGGUAGUACAGACAGUUGUUGCUUAGAGAUGAUACACCAUCUCAUCUGGUUGCAUUGACGUGAACCGGCAGGUUUUUAGAACAUUGCAGAAUGGCGCAUUGUAAGUAGUUGCAUGUUUCGCCUUGUCUCGUCAUUUUUAUCUGAACUGGGCCUAUUGUAGGUUCUGUUAGCUGCGGAUAGAGCCAGGCUAGCUGUUUCCCCGUCCUUAUUCUUUGUGCUAAGCUAAUCUUACUAGCUGCUGGCUGGAGCUUCAUAUUUAUCGUACAGACAUUAGAAUGGUGUCGAUCUCAAUGACAAAGUGACAAAGUGAAUUUCCCAAAAAUGUCAAACUGCUCCUUUAACCUACCUUUAAUAUCUGUAAUCUUUGCUUUUGACUCUGAAGAUUUUUUGGUGCCUGGCUUUCCUCCAGUUAACAGCAUGACAUACGAGGGUAAACCAUCAACCUGUGAACCCACUUUCACUGUAACAUAACCAGUUGGAGCUUUGCAGAAGCCACAUUUAUAGCUCUGUGACAGCCGCAUGGCCCUGAGUGUGAUGUAUUUAUAUCCGUGUGCACAUAAACUGUUGAUGUGGCUGUACACAGAGAUUAGAAAACCACUGACAUACAAUAUUGACCUGACAUGGUGUGUCACAGUGACGAGUUAAUGUGCUGCACUGCAAGAAAACGGCAGUAGAUUUAUCAACACUUAUAAAUUUUGGGAGAAUAAUGGAAGGAACUGAUUUUGCAUUAGUUUGUUGGUACUCUUUAACCUAAAGGGUGUGCAGAUCAGUCACUACUUUAAUCUGAAGGUGGCCACACAUUAUGUUCAACUUUUUAACACAAAUCGACAUAGCUUGAUUAGAGGGUGACUCUGUUUGCCCUGUUAUAAACCAUCAUGAUGUGUCUUACAGAUUAUGUGAAACAGACAUUUGUAAAAGUGUAAAUAUAUUCUGUUCAUAGGAAACACUUAAAGAGGAUGUGUAUGUUUCCAUCCGCACUGAGAGAAAAAACACUGUUGAAUUAUUAAAUAAACAUCUCAUCUGACAAACCAGA